AUGGCUACUCCAUCCACCAUUCUCACAGGUGCUCAUGAAGAGAAGACCAUAAAUGACUUUCCACUUCCAACUCGUCAAGCAAUUGUCAAUUCUGGCUAUCCAGAAUGGUACAAGAAGUACCGUGGGAUCACUGGUAAGGCCAGAGUUAUUCCAUUGACCACCGAAUUUCUUGACUAUUUGAAAGCCGAUGGGAUUAUUCUCCCGCCUGAUACUCCAGUCGUUUCAAUCAGCGAUAGAGACUCUGGCGUCUUCUCCGUCACUAACACCGAAGACUCAGAUGGCGACGAUGAUGACGACGAUGGUGAAAAUCCCGCCCAAAACUUCCCAGAAGUCCACGCUGCCAUCAUCGCCGCCAUCGCCGAACUCGGCGGCGCCGUCUAUCCAAAGUUGAAUUGGUCAGCCCCCAAGGAUGCAGCCUUCAUGCUGGGUAACACACUCAAAUGCAGUUCUCCAUCGGAUGUAUAUCUACUUCUCAAAUCGUCCAAUUUCAUCACUCAUGACCUUGAGCACGUCUUUGAUGAAACUCUUGAUACACCAGAUGAAAGUGGGAAACUUUUGCAACUGUCGGAUGUGGAGUAUGCGCUCGUUCUUCGCAAAUGGGUUGAUGUUAUAACAUCCGUUGAGUUCAGGUGCUUUGUAAAACAACGUAAGAUUGUCGCUAUCACUCAGAGAGAUCUUAAUCAUUAUGAUUUCUUGGAGAAUGGGAAAGAGGAGUUCUUGGCUUUGAUUCAAGAGUUUUUUGCUAGACAUUUGGAGAUGACUUUUCCUGAGGCUGAUUUCGUCUUUGAUGUCUAUAUCCCCAAAACACUGCUCACCGAAUCCCGCGUCUGGCUCGUCGACAUCAAUCCAUAUUCGCCGAAAACAGACACUUUGACUUUCGCCUGGCAGGAGAUACUUAAUAUCGACCCUUCCGUUCCAGAUUUUAAACCUAAUUUCCGACUCAUCAAGAAGAAUGACCCAGAGGCAUAUGGAUUUGCACAGCCAUAUUCAGCACACAAAUUGCCGAGAGACGUUGUCGAUGCAGCUGCCGGUGGUGCAGAGUCUAUGUUACAAUUCAAGAACGAUUGGAAGCAUAUCGUUGAAGGAUUAGGAGCAACUGGGAUUGAUGAUAGCAGUGAUGAGGAGGAGGAGGAGGACGAGGACGAGGAGGACGAGGAGGACGAGAAUGGUAGUGGUGGAGAGAAGAAAGACGAUGGGAUUGAGAAGACGAAUGAUGGGAAAGUUACAGGCUGA